UGACUACCCCACCACCCUCCUCCUCCUCCUCCUCUGCCUUCUCCUCCUCUUCUUUCUCUUUACAUACCGGCUCACAACCACCAACCCAGGCAGUCACCUUAAGUGCGACCGGCCGGCUGGAGCGGAAGCAAACAAACAGAGCAGCGAGAAGGAUCCAGCCGCGGGUUUUUGACUGAGCAAAAGGACCUGGGACUGAAGAGCAGAAUGGGACACCGGUACUCAGAUCAGGACUGAGUCUGGUCGGCAAAUUCACAGCUUCUCCGACCCGUUUUCAAGUCCGUUUUCUCCGGUUAGACUCACGUUUACACUGCUGACACAAUGGGCUGCUGCAGCGGACGAUGCACUCUUAUCUUUAUUUGCACUUUACAGUUGGUAUUGGCUUUGGAGAGGCAGGUCUUUGACUUCCUGGGUUACCAGUGGGCUCCCAUCCUCGCCAACUUCUUCCAUAUCAUUAUUGUUAUACUCGGCCUCUUUGGGACCAUUCAGUACCGACCGCGCUACAUUGUGGUGUACACAGUAUGGGCUGCUCUGUGGGUGGCCUGGAAUGUCUUCAUCAUCUGUUUCUACCUGGACGUAGGAGGCCUGUCCAAGGAUAGUGACCUGCUGACAUUUAACAUCUCAGCCCAUCACUCCUGGUGGAGUGAACAUGGGCCAGGCUGUGUGAGGAGAGAGAUGCCGCAGGCUCCAGGGGUCCGCACCACUGAGAGUCACUCUUACAUCACUGUCAUGGGCUGCCUCAUGGACUACCAGUACAUUGAAGUUGUGCACAGUGGCACACAGAUUCUCGUUGCCCUCCUGGGCUUCGUGUAUGCCUGCUACGUUGUCAGCGCUAUCACUGAAGAGGAGGACAGCUUUGAUUUUAUUGGUGGAUUUGACCCAUUCCCUCUGUACCAUGUCAAUGAGAAACCAUCUCAUCUCCUCUUAAAGCCCAUGUACCUGUCUACGUAAAUAAGAGCCCACCACCAGAUAGGUGACACAGCAAAUUCCCACGGAGACAACAUGGCUGUUUUUAUACGUCCGAGGACACUUGGACUCGCCAGACAUUCCUCCCCUUCUUGAUUUCAUCCUUUUGCUACUUUAAACAUGUCAUUUACUGGUGUGCUGCCCAGAAAGGCCCACGCUUCCCAGUUAGGGUCCAUUGUCUUCUGAGAUGUGAUGACGGGUUCAGGGAAGAGGGGGGUUUCAGUGUAACAAAGUUUCAUAUCAUGUAUUAUUUAGUGAAAUCUCAGCCAUUCUCUUUAUGUUGAGUUGUUUGCUGAGGUCCUGUUGUUGUGACCUGCCAAUAAUGAUCCAAUACUCUCCAAGAAGACGACUGUAUAGAACAUGUACAGCAUAUAAAUACAGUACAUUGUGUAUGUAAUCAGGGACUGCCCAGCAUUCCCAGUCUGUGGUACUGUGUCUUAGAGGACUCUGUGAUUUAGCAUGUUAUUGCUGGUUUGGCUCAGAUCUUGGCCGGAGGGCUGAAUUACAGUGGAGCCUGUGGAAUGAGCUAUUGUGUGCUGCCUGUUUACUUUAAACCAGGAUCAGUGUGCAUAAAUACACAAGCAGCGCAGGAAGAGGCAGGGGGAGUGGAGAGGUAGAGGGAGGGCAGAAACAAAAGAACCAAACCUACAGGGGCAUCCGUCAAAAUAGAAAAUGUAAUAAUGAAGCAAGGGGAGGAAGAAUUUGUGUGUUAUGUUUUUUUUUUUUAGGGUUUGAAAUGUGAACUAUCAUGAAUGCAAUGGAGGAUUAGUGCGUGAGAGAUGCGCAAAAACAAGAAAUGGCAUGUGAGUCUUAUCUUUAUUUCUGGAGUCUUAUUAUUAUUUUUACCAACAGCCGAAUCAGUGUUUCUGAAGUGUCAGUGUUUUGUUUGAGACAAUGCGAUGAAAUCUUUGUUUUCACUUCAGUUUUUAUCCUCUAACUACUGACAGAUUUGGCUGCUGACACAGGGUGUGUGUGUGUGUGUGAUCAUUACAAACACUCAAAGCAAAGGUUACGCAGCAUAUUUUUAACUUCAAGAAAACAGUAGAAAUAGUUGGACUAUUCUUAUUGCACAUGGUAGUGUUAAAUUGUGUGGGUAUGGUUUUCGGUGUGAAAGUAGCAUGGUUAAACCUGUGUGAACCAGAGCGUCUUAUCAGUACCACAGUAUGGACUGUCUGCAGUAGUGUUGAAUUUAUAGCAUGUUUUAUACAGGGUUUGUAUGUAAUUAUGUGUAUGAUAUGUUAAAUAUCUACAAUGAAAAAAAAAAAAAACUCAACUGGAUGUAUAUCAGCUGGUUAAACAGUGACUGAAAGCUUCUACUCAGUGGUUUGUUUCUUCUUUUUCUUUUUUUUUUAAUUACAUAGCCUAGUACACACUUUACCUAUAGACAGAAGUCAUAUUCCUGUUCAUUAAACUGAUGGUCGGUGCACUUUUUUUUGUUCAUGUUAGACCACCUCAGCUUGAGUCCCUGAUGCCUUGAAGGGUUGUGUGAAUACUUACUGCCCCCUGGUGUUUAAAGUGUCCAAAUACAGUCGCUCUUGCACCUGCCAUAAAGCAGUCCUCGAUGCUUUGUACUGAAAUUCUUUGUGUGCAGUUGACUGUAAAUAUUUAAAGUAGUAUGUUUAGGUGCUGGCAGAGUAAUUGCUUUGUUGGAAAAGUCCAUGCUAUGUCUGGAUGUGCAUCCUUUCCAAAUCCAAAACAUCUUCAGUACAUCCUUUGUUUAAUAUUUUGCUCCGUUUACUUCUCCGAUUUUUUUCCCAACCAAAAGAGCUCUUAACAAAGAUAUUUAAGUGUUAUAUUAGUUAAUAUCCACCUUCACUGCCACAUAUACAGUCUAGAAACUGCGACGACUCAAAAACAUCACCACUACUGCUGAGUAAUUUCUAAAUGACCCUCUUCCACUCAAAGAUCAUCAUUUUAUUGCUCACUUCUAUAUUAGCAAGAUGCAAUAAUUUGUGUCGCUGUCUGUUACUAUUUGAUUCUCUCUGUACAAUUGAAAUUGUAUGCACUCAUGGGUUUGUAACUACGGACUAGGUAAAAACACAAAGCACCUCAUAUUGUAACAUAAUCAGUGUUAGUAGUAAAUUCUACUAAAUUAAUGAUAAAAGCGUCUUCCUCUUGGUGCAAUACGGCCUCUUCCCAAACCCUGGUGACUGGAACUAGUUGAAAUCUGAUAUAGUUGUAUAUGUGCUACUCGACUAAAAGACACCAUCUCUUUGUAGAUAAUUCUUUGUCUUUGUAUAGAAAGUGGAAAAAAUCCUUUUUGUAUUUUUUCUUCUACUUUGUGUCCUGUGCAGCACCAUCCUCCUGUAACCUCACUGUGUACUCCUAUCCUAUCCAGAACUGUGCUUUGUGUUCCUGUAAAUAGGUGUUUGUUAAUAAAAGAAUGUGCUCUUUUAA